AUGUCCACCCCACUUUCUGCUGAAGAUGGAGACAUUUUCGAGAGUCUUCAGCGACCUGCUGACCCCAAGGUGCUAGAGGAGCAGCAGCAGGCCGUGAAUGAACGUCUUCAUUCAAUUUACCAGAAAGCGCAAGAUCGCCUUGGGGAACUGAUCGACCAAAACUCUACCUUGCCCUGCACAAUAUCGUCGGUCCAGGUCUUGAACGCAAAGCAUACGCGCAGAGGCUUUCUGGAGCAAAUUUUCAAUCCAUUGCUAAGUGCGAACCAGAAACAACCUCUUACCCUGUCAGAAGCUCUACGGGAAAUAUCAGCACGUGCGGAUAAGCUUAGUAGAUUCGAUGUCUUUCAUCAGCCAAUCUCCGUGUAUCUAGACCAAACACCGCCGAUUGAUGGACAAGCGGGCCCGACAAAUAUCAACGCAUACUAUUCCGUUAAGGAGAAGUCUCGUGUCCUACUCAAAACCGGAACCGAUCUGGGAAAUGCGGAAGGCUCAGCAUACGGCAAUCUCUUAUGGCGUAAUGUGUUCGGAGGUGCUGAGAAUUUGAACUUCAAUGCGUCGUUGGGCACGAGGACGCGAUCUGCCUACCAAGCCGCGUUUGAUACGCCCAUUCUUAGCGGCCCAGACUUUCGCCUGGAAGUUGGCGGAAUCGCGAGCGCAACACAAAAGUCCUGGGCGAGCCACGAAGAAGUGUUGAAGGGUGGCUGGGGUAAGCUUCGGUGGCUGAGCAGGUCCGGCCAGCGCCAUGAGCUUGGCUACAAUGGCUUUUGGAGACAGGUCACUGGCCUUGCGGAAAAUGCGUCUCCCACGGUUCGAGCCGACGCAGGCGAUAGCGUGAAAAGUAGCCUUUUCCAUAGUUGGACAGCAGAUCGUCGAGACAACCCAUUUCUCCCUUCUCGAGGCUACUACGCAAGGACGUUCAAUGAGCUGGCUGGUUGGGGACCAAUGAAAGGUGACGUUGCGUUCUGGAAAUCUGAGAUCGAAACGCAAAGCGCUAUCCCAAUCCCUAUUCCGGGAAUCAAGGGAGAUAGCGGGAUAAGCUUUACUACGGGCAUCCGUGCUGGUCUUCUUUAUCCACUUGGGCUUGACUCCGACUCGCGACCGCGUCUUUCUCGCCUUAAUGACCGCUUCCAGCUAGGUGGCCCUACAGACGUUCGAGGCUUCCGUCUCUCGGGCCUCGGGCCUCACGAUGGUGCAGAUGCUGUUGGAGGUGAUGUGUAUGCAGCUGGCAGUGCGAAUCUUCUCCUCCCACUUCCACGAGUGGGCGCCGAGAAACCUUUCCGAUUACAGGCGUUUGUGAACGGCGGGCGAUUACUGCCUCUGCGAACAGCACAGAAGACUUCACCUACUUCUGGCACGGAAGUCAAAGACGCUAUGUCAUCCACUAUCUCUGAACUUGGUAACGGUUUGCCGAGCAUCGCAGCCGGUGUCGGGCUCGUCUAUGCACACCCAGCCGCCAGGUUUGAGCUCAACGUCUCUCUCCCACUAGUGCUACGGAAAGGCGAGGAAGGCAGGAAGGGGUUGCAACUUGGGAUCGGUAUUAAUUUUUUGUAA